UCCUUAAUAAUACCUCGUCGAUGGCCUGAAACACACGGCGAAUAAAAAUUUGUAAGCGCAUUGUCUAAACUAUUCCAGACUCCAAACUUGUGUCUAAGUAAUUCUACAGAACAGCAGACGCGAGCACAUUUUAGAAUGGAAAACAGAAACGAAGAAAAUGAGAAUCAACGUGAAACAGUGACGUUAAUUCUUGGUGCGCAUCGAUUCGAAGUUGAUAAACAAAACCUAAUCGGCAAGAGUCAGUAUUUUGCUGCGCUUAUGUCCGUGAACUAUUUAGAACGUCGCCUAACGGAGCACAUUGUCAAUUAUGAUGUUUCCCCAAAUACGUUGCAGGAUUUCAUUUAUUGGAUUCACAAUGACAGACUUGCGGUAGACCAUAUAAGUAUUGAAGAAGGUUUUAAUCGUCUUUGGCACCUGUUGGAUUUAAGCAUUCUAUUUCUAACAAAUAAUUUAGAAAAAUGCAUAAUCGACAGACUCGAGACACAUUAUAUGUCACCAACAUGUGCAGUUGAUAUUUGGAAAUUGUCACAGGACUUAAGUCUCAAUGUGCUACGAGAUCUUUCUUUGGCAGUUUGCCUAGAUCGCUUUGAUGAAUUGCCACUCAAUUCUAUUUAUCAGCUGUCAAAGCAAAAUUUUGUGAAAUUAAUUGGGAACACUAAUAUAAGAGCCACAGAAUCUUAUUUGUUUUAUGUCGCAAAAGAAUGGAUGAACUAUCAUCAUGAUUUUACAAUUUCUCCAGAUAUCUUACGAAAUAAGGAAACAAAAAUUUUACAUGGCGUUAUAUCUUGUGAAGCCAAUGAGGCUACAUGUCUCAGUGAGCAAUUUAUUCAUUGCUGGGAUGGGAAAAAUUUCUUUGAGCUUACCUCAUUCAAAUAUCCGGAUGAUAUUAUCGAUUGUAGCAUUAGAUUUCAUACAUUAGCGGGAAUGCAGAUUAUUGCAAGAAGACACGACUUAUAUCUUUGUGGUGGAGAAUUUGGUAUUGGUACGGGCAAGUUUAACAAAAAUGUGUGGCGUUAUUCUUUGAUAUCUAAAAAAUGGCAUCUUGAGACAGUAAUGCCAGUUGAAAGAAGGCAUAUGAUUGCUGUGUUUUUGAACAAUUAUUUGGUACUUGUGGGCGGCGUGGGACGAUAUCGAAAAAAAUUACAGAGUGUUGACAUCUACAACAUCUAUACAGGUUUGUGGACAUCAGGUGAAAACCUGCCUUGGGAAUUUACCACUGUUCCUGAUCAUUACGUUUUUGAUGGAAAAUUAAUCAUAUAUAAGUGUGUACAUAUGAAAGACAAACAGAAAUUUUUUUCUUCCUUUAGAGGUGAGAUUGAUAAAGGCAAGAACGCCUAUUUGACUUUCAUGUUCUAUGUCUACUUUCCUGAUGAAAACAAAUGGAAAACGAGAACGGGUGUAGAUAGUGAUUAUAAUUUAUUUUCAUGUUUGCCAAGCGAGAUACCAAUGCUGACGCUCAAGACUCUGCCAUGUUACAUUGACAUUGAUGAUUCAGAUGAAAAACUUUUAAGAUUUGUCUCAGAGAAAUGUGACAUGGAAAAGUGUAUUAUUGAAAAGAGAGUCGCGUAUAUGAAAUUCGAAAAUGACGUUUCAAGUUCGAAAUACUUACUGCAUACAGAACAGGAUGCGUGUUUAUCACUUUUAACACCCCCACUUUAUGAGUAUAAGUAUCUUAACGAUCUAAUUAUGCUAGUAUGCGUUGAUUCGAAAACUUGUACAGAAUUAGGUGACAAAAUGACGUUACACGUGCAUAGCAUAAGUAUACAAAAUCAAAUAAAAUUCCGUUCCUUUGCCCACUCCCCAAAAAGAUUUUUUAAUCUAAUUCAUCCAGAUCACUUACACACGACAAACUUUUAUCAAAUUCAAUGUAGGUCAACUCUCGUUAAUUAAAUAUUGAUUAAAUAUGAGAGAGAAAGAGCUAAAUAAAAAUACAAAAAAUGUAAAUGUUGCAGAAAGAACGGACAUGUUUACAUAUUCCAAAAAAUAUGUUGACUUUUAUUUUUAUGUGUCACGAUGUUCUCUACCGAUUGUUAUAUAUUUCAAAUUAUUACGAAAUGUCAAAUGAAUACUUAAUGAUUGUGCAAACUUUACAUCGUUGCAUAUAUGGAAAUACUUUCUGUACAUAAUUUUUUUAUAAAAUAUACAAAAAAAGUACAAAUUUU